AUGCCGGCUACAACCACCACUACAGUGAAAGUAACUACUGCGACUGCUAAAAGAACAACUACUACUUCUGCUACAACAACAUCUACUGCUGUACCAACGACAACUACUACAACCACCACUCCUGAAACAACAAUCUCUACAGUUAAACCAACGACCACAACGACAGAAACAACAAGUACUGCUCUGCAAACAACGACUACUACACAAUUACCAACAACCACUACUGUUGAAACAACUACUACUACAACAUCUACUGUAAUACCAACGACAACUAGCACAACCGAAACAACAACUACAACCACCACUCCUAAAACAACAAUUAGUAGUACUCCUGAAAUAACAACAACUACUACCGAAAUAACAACUACUACUUACUCCAAAAACUACAACUAUUGUACCAACUACUACAACAGCACCAACAACAACGAGUACAACAUCUGCACCCUGUCCAACCUGCGCCACCUGUCCCACAUGCGCCCCCUGUCCAAAAUGUACACCUCGUCCAACACGCGCUCCUUGCACAACCAAGCCAACUCCAUGUCGGCAGCGAUGUCCGUGCACAAAACAAAAACAAUUUUGUUUUAG